GCGACGACGGCCCCGCGGCGGCGGGUAGAACAGGACCGGGAUGGCGGCGUCGUCGGGGCAGUGCGGUUCCUCGGCACGACCCGCGAGGAUGGCGUCGACGACACGACCUGCUAUCGCCCUGGUGCUGGCACUGCUCGUCGCCCUGGCUGCGGCCGCCAGCGCGGCCCCCUCCGCAGAUGUGGACGGGCUGUUGGAUCCUGACGUCGGGAUCGACGGCGACCAGUACGAUGAUGACUACGAGACUUUCGGGCUCGACAUCGUCGGUGGUGAGACGGCCGACAUCAAGACGGUGCCCUACCAGGUGUCCCUCGAGGUCAACAAGGCGCACAGCUGCGGCGGAUCCGUGCUGAGCACAACCUGGGUGCUGACCGCCGCCCACUGCACGUACGGGAAGGACGCCCGGUCGCUGCAGGUGCGCGCGGGCACGGACAAGCUGCAGCGCGGCGGCUCGGUGGUGCCCGUGGCGCGCGCCGUCGUGCACCCCAAGUACGUGCACGGCCGCCAGGACUGGGACGUGUCCGUGCUGCAGCUGGGCGCCGCCCUCAGCUACGGCAGCACCAUCAAGGCCGUGCACCUGCCCGCCAGCGGCGCCGAGCCCUCGGCCAACACGGCCGUGCUGGCCAGCGGCUGGGGGCUGACCACGGCGCAGAAGGGCCGCAACGGCCCGCCAAACCUGCCCGUGCAGCUGCGCAAGGUGACGGUGCGGGUGGUGCAGCGGCCAUCUUGCGUGGUCGCGUACCAGUCGGUGCUCACCGAGCGCAUGAUCUGCGCCGCCGCGCCGGGCAAGGACACGUGCACGUACGACAGCGGCGGCCCGCUCGUGGACUCGGCCCGCGGCAUCCAGGUCGGCGUCGUCUCCUGGGGCCAGGGCUGCGCCGACCCCAAGUACCCGGGCGUCUACGUGCACCUCGGCAACAAGGACGUGCGCAGCUUCAUCAAGAGCUACGCCGGCGUGUGAAAACGGCCCGUGGGUGUAAACCGGACACAAGGGCGAAAUGUUGCAAACAAAAAAAUAACAUCAAAAAAAUAAAAAGAACACAAUAAAAGUAAAGAAACCAA